AUUCCCGCUGCUGCCGUGUUAGAAUACUGGUCCAACCGCUUUGCUCUACUGUGCAAAACCUGCUCCUCGGUCCUACCUGUUCCUCGGUCCAGCGGUGUCCUGCUUUCACCGGCCAUCUUCUCUCCCUGGCACCGGCAUCUUCAGUGUCUGCAGUCUCUGGUCAUCUCCUGUACUAUGUCUGCAGUCUCUGGUCAUUUCCUGUACUAUGUCCGCAGUCUCUGGUCAUCUCCUGUACUAUGUCCGCAGUCUCUGGUCAUCUCCUCUAGUAUGCCCGCAGUCUCUGGUCAUCUCCUGUCCUAUGUCCGCAGUCUCUGGUCAUCUCCUGUCCUAUGCCCGCAGUCUCUGGUCAUCUCCUGUCCUAUGUUUGCAGUCUCUGGUCAUCUCCUGUACUAUGUCCGCAGUCUCUGGUCAUCUCCUGUACUGUGUCUGCAGGCUCUGGUCAUCUCCUGUCCUAUGCCCGCAGUC